UGAAGACAGCAUGAUCAUGGGAUGGCACCCGGAGCUUGCUGCCGCCAUCAGACCCUUCUCAACACUGCAGCCGCCCAUAGUACACUGCCAGAUCGCCAUGCUUGGGAUCCCUGCAGAUGUCUUACUGCAGGCGUAUGAAGCUACGCUGGGACAGACUCCCUUCCUGAUCGAAAACCUCUCCUUCAGCGAUUGGGCUUCGCUUGUCCACGUCAUGCAGAGCAAACCACAGGAGCUAGACACCAAAAUUCAAGACUUCGCUAGUAAUAUUACUGGAUCCUGCAGAAAGGCAGCUAUCGAGAAUAGAGAACUUAACCUUAUCAUAGCCAAGGCUGAGAAGAUCAUCCUGGAGUUGCACGGAUAUGACUCUUCACACCUUGAUUCCGCAGGGCAAGUUUCCACCCCUGAAAGAACAGAAACGUUCAGCGAGACGUACAUCAGUCGUAUGUCGCUCUCGCAAGUAGAGCUGGAGUACUUCAGGAAGAAGGAGGCCGAGCGAAGGAGCAAUGCACACACUGAGCUUACACCGCUCACAAGAGACACAGGGCAUAAGUUCGCUAAGAACAGCCCCUUCCCACCACUCAAAUCCAACACCUGGACAGAGAAGGCUGUGCAGCACGUCCAUAACCGACUGUGGAAGCUUGACACCUUUAACUACACAACGCUUAUCAGCGUAGAGGCAUACAUGGCGCUUGCUCGAAUCACAGACGCAGAGGUAGAUAACUGUCGCAGUGCUGCUAGGAAUGGUACUAUCUACUUCCCAGCAACCAGAGGCGGUUUUGACGCAGAGUUUCCACCGAUUGCCAAGCUCGAGAAGAGCAAAUGCCCAAACAGGCCGCUCCUUCAUCAAAAAGGCAUCCCGAAGUUCCCCGCACACGUCUCCGAACUCAAGAAGCUUUGGAACGCAGUGAGACCAUAUCCGAAGUGUGCAUGCCCCGGAUGUGAGAAAAACUUCAUGUGGUUCGACCACAUGAUCUGGUAUAUUAUCGGCAACCUAAACAAGAUCGACCCACUUGCCCCAUCAGACAAGAUCAGGAUGCUUGAAUUCCAAGCACUCCUUCGCACGUCAUGGAGAAAGGUGAUUCUUGCGCAGAUCUCCUUCAUCUUCAUGAGAGAAUACAUGAUCAAGAUUGUGAACCUUUUCACACAGAACAGAAGGAUCUCUGCAGAGGAGAUACUAGAGUAUGAGGAUAUCAGAAACGUGUCAUUCGUACACAAGUUCACUGCUGUGUUACUCCCCAGCGGCGAAGGUUUACUGUCGCAAAGAGCAAAUGCAGGGCGCAAUGCAAAUGUUGAAGACAAUUCCCCGGCACCGAAUCACAACACAACACCCGCAGGCUUAAAUGCCACAGCAAAUACAGUUCUCCACGUAACACAUAACACCGGAAACAGCACAACCCUCAAUGCGAACUGCAACACUACAGCCGCACCACAACGACACGUUCAUGUUGCUAACGCAGGAACCUUGAACAGGCCAACCAUAGAAAGCUUCGCUCAAGUACAGACAUCUAGUAACGCCCUUGCCAACGCUGCUGCACAGCUUGCCACACGACAAGCGAACACAACCCCCACUGGCAAUGCCUCCCUCGCAAAUGCCCUCACUACCGCGCUGCCUGCAAUAUGACGGAUCAACGCAACGGGAAGUACCUACACACUGCUCGUGAACAACCCAACCGCACCGCACACAACACACAUUGGAGCUAACACUCAACCAGGGUUCACAAUGUCACUCCCACCACACCUUACCUCAUACAUGAACAACCGCAAUAGCACAACCUGCACUUACAGCGAAAGACAGGCUCGCUGGCGAGAACUGCUCCUUAGUAUAGCCAUGAAUCCCCUCCCAACAGAAGUAAAAAGGAACCGCAGAAGAGGUAACAAAACGCAAAGAAUCCA